AUGAGCCUCCCUCUGAGCGUCUUCUCGCCGCCACUAACGCCGGACCUCCUUGAGGAAGAAGAGCUGCGUGCUGCGUGCGCCGCCGUGAUGGAACCGAAAAACAACGCCCUCCUCACCUUUGGGCCCCCCGGUAACCAAUGGACAUAUGACAGGCUCACCAAAACUUACGACCUCACCCGCGGGGGGGACUCGCCAUCCCCAUUAAAGAUACGCACCUCACGCGGCCCGGCCGACACAUCCAUCCUGGUCGACCCGGCCGCGGCAGUGCUCGUCAUCAUCGACAUGCAGAACUUCUUCCUGCACCCGUCCUGCCGCUCGCACCCGGCGGGCCUCGCGGCGGUGGGGCCGCUGCUGCAGGUCAUCGAGCGCAGCCGCGAGGCGGGCAUCCAGGUCGCGUGGCUGAACUGGGGGCUGACGGACGCCGACCUGGCGGCGCUGCCGGCCGGCGUGGCGCGGGGCUUCGCGCGGGCCGUCGUCGCCGGGGAGAAGGACCAGGCCGGGCUGGGCGUCGACCUGGGCGACGGCAAGGGCCGGUGCCUCGUCGCGGGCGAGUGGAACGCCGAGAUCUACGAGCCGCUCAGGCGGGCCGUCGACGACGGCGGCGGCGGCGGCGGCGGCGAUGUCCACUGCGCCAAGAACCGCAUGAGCGGGCUCUGGUGCGAGGCACAGCCGCUGUGGAGAUACUUGGCCGAGAGCGGCAAGAAGACGCUCUUGUUUGCCGGUGUCAACACCGACCAGUGCGUGCUGGGGACGCUGACGGAUGCGUAUAAUGCCGGGUGGGACUGCGUCCUGGUUGAAGAUUGCUGCGCGACCACGACGGAGGGUGCGCCUGAGGUUUGUUUGGCGAACGUUGCGCAUUCUUACGGGUUUGUCAUAGACUCGACGACUUUUACAGCAGCUGAAUCAUGA